AUGGAGGGUAAUUUCUACGUGUCCGGCACAGUCAUCCAGCGGGAGCUGCGUUCGCACUACGGCAGCUGCCUCGCCAAGUGUCGCGAUGAGGCGGCUGCGUACGGCCGCUGCGUUGAGGCGGGGCAGAUCAACCGCAACUUGGCGCACGGCAGCUGCAGCGAGGAGCGGCGGGCGCUUCGGGCGUGUGUCGACGCCCACGCGACGGUCAUGAAGAACGCGGCGCGGCAGUAG